GUCCUCUUGCUUCUCCCUAUCUUCAUUUCACAAGCCAAGGAAGUUCAGCUUUCAAACGUCUCUUACAAGCGUCUCUGCACCGGAGUAAGGAAAGAAGUUCGCCGGAGAUUGGUUGACAAUUCGAGUUUGUGGUCAUCUUUGUAUCAGUCUUUUGCGAGUUUUUCCCUCACAUCAGCAGAUUUUCGCUGCCAAGGUUGGUUUUCAAGCCGUAGAUUUGUUGGUCUGUGAGAGGGACGGAGCAGAUCGCCGGGGAUUUGAAGAAACAGUGAUAAACUUGGGAGUUGGAGGAGUCACAGAGUCCGUGUUGGUUGGAAAAGAGUCGAAAGCACCGCAAAGAAAGGCCAGGAAAUGGAGAAGGCCGUGAAGUACGACUGCGAUCUGAACCUUGAGGCAACUGAGCUGAGGUUGGGGUUACCCGGAAGUAACGUCACAGAGAAGGCGGCGACAGCGGCAUCGAAUACUAAGAAGAGAGCCUUUUCCGUCGCCGUCGCCGGAGACGACACCACACCUGCUGACCAGGAAAACGCCCCUCCUGCCAAGGCACAAGUGGUAGGAUGGCCACCAAUCAGGUCAUACAGGAAGAACAACCUAAACGUUUCAAGCAUCUCAAAGAAGAAGGAGGCCGAGACACCCGGGAUGCUUGUAAAAGUAAGCAUGGAUGGGGCUCCAUACCUGAGGAAGAUAGAUCUCAAGACAUACAGCGACUACCAAGAUCUACUCAAGGCCUUGGAGAAGAUGUUCAGCUGCUUUACCAUGGGUGGAUUUGCAACCAGAGAUGGGUCUGAAUAUGUACCAACUUAUGAAGAUAAAGAUGGAGACUGGAUGUUGGUUGGAGAUGUCCCUUGGGAGAUGUUCAUCUCUUCAUGCAAGAGGCUGAGAAUCAUGAAAGGAGCAGAAGCCAAGGGUCUGAGCUCAGGCGCUUCCCGUGUCUGAGCCAGAAUGAGCAUAUAACAAGAUGAUGCUGUAUGUUGAAGAAACUCUCCGUGGGGUUCUCAAUCCCACGAGCUAGAGCAACUUCCCAGGCAUGAAAAUGGUGUUGAGCCGUACGUGCAUGUUCAUGGAGUCAGCCAAAGCAAGGUUCACUUCCAGUCCUGCGCAGAUGAGGUCCGAGGACAAGAAUCUUUAACACGUUAACGGAAGACUUACAGGAAGCGAGAGGAGAAGCGAGUGCAAGAAAUAGGGGAACAAAAUGCUCAAGGGGAGGAGGCAGCGCGAAGCGGGAUGCGGUUGCGAAGCGUGAGGGAAGUUAAAACAAGAUCGUCAGAAAGUGGAAGUGGAGACCAUGAAAGAUCAAUGGAACGCUCAACGUUUAGGAAUCGCGAAGGAGAAAUCACAGUGCUCAACAGAAGGUGCGAGGAAGACAAGACGGUGUGAGUUUAACCCCAAAGGCAGAGAGGGUUAGCUCUGUCUUUUCUGCUAACCUGUCUUUAACCACGGUUAUUUUAACCUUGGUAACAGGGAGGGGUCAUUAGUUAGUUCAUGAGUUAGCUGGUAACCUUAACGGUUAGGUUUGUUCGAAAUGCUUAGCAACUUUGUGUAAAUGCCUCGAAAGCUAGGCAUCUUUCUGUAAUCUGCUCAAACUUUUUUUAGAAAUGCAGAACGUUUCAAUUUUCAUGCGAUA